AUGCCUGUGCCAGUUCCCGAGAAUGGGGAGGAGGGAACAGCAGCCGCUGGUUCCUCUGUGUGGUCUUUCUCCGAUACUAUAAUCGGUCCCACACCAAGACCAGAGCUAGGCCUUUGGAAACUAGGUUCUGCUCAGAAUCAUGAAGGCAUCUUCUCUCCUCCCACUACCGUGGCAUGCACUCAGAGGAAUCAGUUCAGUGAGAGCUCUGGCAGACAAAAAGCCGAGGGUUCAGGCCCCUCGCACGACAUGUUCUUCCCUCAUACCCUGCUCAGUGUGCUCCUAAAUGACAAGUUAUGUAACUUGGUGUCCUUCCUGCUCCGCAAGUAUCAAAAGAAGGAGCAGGUCACCAUGGGAGAAAUGCUGUGCAUGGUGCACCAUGAUUACUGUGAGCACUUUCCUUACAUUUUCAGGGUACUCUGUGAGUCCAUGUGUCUGGGUUUUGGCAUUAAUAUGAUGGAAAUGGAUCCCACUGACCACACAUAUGUCCUUGUCCCCGACUUGGGCCUCACUUACAGUGGCCUACUGGAUAAUGAAGACCAGAUAUUUCAAAAAGUUGAUCUCCUGAUAUAUAUCCUGACUGUGAUUUUCAUUAAUGGCGACAGAGUCAGUGAGGAAGAGUUAAGGAACAAUGUGAAAAGAUGGAUGAUUUUAGCUCAGAGGGGGCACAAUGUUAAUAUACAGCCCUGGGAAUUCGUCACUGAGGAUUUGGUACGGGAACAGUACUUGGGGUAUUGGCAGGUUUAUAACAGUGAUUCCAUUUGCUAUAUAUAUGUGUGGGGUCUAAGAGCCCAUGCUGAAACCACCAGGAUGAAAGUUUUAGAGCAUGUGGCCAGACUUAAUAGCGUGGAUCCCAGGUUUUAUCCACAUCUAUAUGAGCAGGCUUUGAGAGAAGAAAUGUUGUAG